UGCCAUGUGAAGAUGGUGUUUACUUUUUCUGUUUGCAAUUGAUAACAAAAUAAAUAAGAAAUUUGCAAUAAAAGAAAUAAAUUAACUUAAGAGUUAUCGUUUAUCAAAACUAGAAUAUAUCCAAUAAUAAUUUUUGAAAGAGUGUGACAAUGACUUUGUGUUUGAUGAUGUGAUCGACGUUUGUUCUAAUUGUCGGAGAUUGUAAACAAAAUAAUGUCUAAUUUAGAAGAUAAAUCUAAUACGAACGGCUUGGGCGAUGAACCUCUCAAGAGAUUGGCGUCGCUUAAACCUCCAAGGGACCUUUCGCUUGGAGGAAUGAAACCCAACAAAAAAAUAUUUACUCCGAACUUGAACGUCGCUAGAAAUAAGAAUAAAGGACCAUCUGCAGCAAACUCCCGCGAUCAUAAAAAGGAUGAAAAGAAUAGGAAAGAUAGGAAAAACGACAGGAAUAAAAACUUAAAAAAUGGCCCAAAAAUUAUUAAAUCAAGUGGUGUUUUCUCUGAAGGUCUGGGCAGUGCAGAGAGAACAUCAAGUCAAUCAAGGGGUUCAUACAGUAGAGACACUAACGCCCCCCCAGCAUUGCAUAAACCAACGAUAAGGGUAAAGGAUGUUAUAAAGAUUGACACUGAACUAGAGGAAAAGAAGAUAAAAGAAGCCUUCGGCGACAGCACUGCUUAUGAAGAUGACAGUGAAGACUUCAAGACUGUGUUAGAUAUUGAGGCACCCGUCAAGCUACCAAUGGAUGACGGAGGGCUGUCAAACAUAAAAUCGGGUGUCAAGAUUAAACAGGAGGUGUACGUCAAACAAGAGCCAUCUGAAGAGGGUGACAUUCCAAAUGUUAAGCCAAAGCCGCCAUUGGUGGAUGUGAAAGAGUCGUUUGAGGAGAACUCUGUGGCUGAUUUAUUGCGGAGCGACAAGCCGUCUCUUAUACUACUACAGCUAGCAGACACGUUGCCUGGAAGGGGUGGCGGCGGGGAAGAGGGGGGUCAACGAAAACAGGACCAGCCCGCACCCUCCACUUCCACGGGGGAGGAGGAGGAAGAGAAAAACGUGGAUACCAGAUGUCGCCUCUCCGAUUUAGAAGAGGGUAGAAUUGGAAAACUUCGCGUGCACCGCUCGGGGCGUGUUACUCUUGCGCUGGGAGAUACUAUAUUUGAGGUAUGUUCGGGCACCAAGGCAUCGUUCUACCAGGAGGUGGUGUCCGUGGCGACGGAUGACGCGUCUCGCUCAGCGUGUAUGGUGUCGCUUGGCGCCUUGCAGCACAAACUCAACAUCACGCCGCACUGGGGCGACAUGUUCCACAAAAUGUCCCUCUAAUGGGACGGACAGCUGUUUAUAUAUAAACUAUCUUCCCGGUGUGACAGUGUAUACGUAAUUUUUUUUUGACGUGGCAACGUCUUAUAAUUCGAUGGAGCCGGCUGCACGCACGGCGCUGCGGCGUUACCUCGCUC